GCGCGCUUCCGGCCAGUCACAGCUACCCAGAGGACGGUCCGGGCCACGGGACCGAGCAGCUCCGACGCGGCAGUCCCUACCAUAAGGGUUACUCGUACCGACAUUCUCGGCAGCCAGGUCGCAGGAGGGCCGGAGCGCCAUGGCCUCUCUACUGGUGGUCACCGUGCUGCUGCUGGUGGCCGCGACGCCGGCGCGUGUCAACGGCGAGCUGCCGCUGGCGGCGGAGACGGACUCGCUGCUGCAGGCGGCGGGCCACGGCGUGGCACCCACGGCUGAGCCGCUCACCAAGAGCAAGACGGUGCGCUGCUUCAAGCAGAACGUGCUGCGCGACGACGGCCGCAACUACGAGGUGGAGCACAUACGCAAGGACGAGGACGUGGUGGAGUCGGUGCAGCGGUCGGGGCGCGACCUGCGUCUCUCUGCUGACGCGGCGGUGCCGCCGGGCUGCGUGGUGGUGACCAGCGUGCGCCAGGACGAGGGUGACGGCGGAGUCUCCCUCAGCGGCGGCGGCGGCUUCGAAUACGGGGGCGGCGGCGGCGGCGCAGGUGGCGGCGGAGGGCAGAUCUCUGACGUGCUGCUGCCGCGGCCUGGAGGCGGAUACGGGUACGGAAGCGGUGGCGGAGUCGACAAUUUCAUUAACUUCAAGGAUGUGAGUGGAGGCAGCUCGGGCUCACCACCGCACCAACAUGGAGGUGCUGGAAGUGCUGAUGGUGGAGGUGGUGGUGGUGGAAACGGCGGCGAGGCCGAGGUGCUUCGCACCUACCAGGUGUCGACCAACCUCCGCCGCCAGGAAUCGUUCGACCACCACGCCUUCGGAGUGGAGAAGGGCGUCAAGCCGACCGGCGGCUUCCACUUUGCCUUCGGCAACGGCAACGGCAACAGCAACGGCCUGGGCGCCGGCACCAAGUACGAGACGAGCGCCAACGACUUGGACCAGGUGGUCAGCAGCGGAGCGGCCGUCGCCACCGCGGCGGCCAGCCUGAUCGCCUGCGCCGUGGCCCAGCUACUCGCCCUCUGA